GGUUUCUGAUGACGUCAUGCAGGAAAGUACACACUCUGAAGCCACAGCGCUGCUGACCUGAAAAACAACAAGACACACAGUCACAUUUCUACACUCAGCAGCUCAUGACAGCGUCGUAGAAACACCAAGUACAGUUGCAGCAAUGGAGAAACCUCCCUUCAGGCAGAACCAGAGCUGUGGUGACUGGGAGCUAAAAGAGAGGCUGGGUAUAGGCGGCUUUGCCCAUGUUUACCUCUAUCAACAUCAUGAAACAAAUGAAAAGCUAGCUGUGAAAAUGUGCCGUCUGGAGCUCACACCAAGGAAUAAGGACCGAUGGAGCAGAGAAAUCCAAAUCAUGAAGAAGUUAAAUCACAUAAAUGUUGUGACAGCCCGGGAUGUCCCAGAGGAAAUGACGCACAUAGCCUUAAAUGAUCUCCCACUGCUGGCCAUGGAGUACUGCUCCAGGGGAGACCUGAGGAAGGUUCUGAGUAAACCUGAAAACUGCUGCGGUUUGAAAGAGAGUGAAGUGCUUUCAUUGCUCAAUGAUGUUGGGUCUGGGAUUCAGUAUCUGCACGAAAACAAAAUUAUCCACAGAGACCUUAAACCUGAAAACAUAGUACUGCAAGAUAUCAACGGAAAGCUGGUUCACAAAAUCAUCGACUUGGGCUAUGCUAAAGACCUGGACCAGGGUAGUCUGUGUACCUCCUUUGUUGGCACACUGCAGUACCUGGCACCUGAGCUGUUUGAGAAUAAGCCAUACACUGUCACUGUGGACUACUGGAGCUUUGGCACCAUGAUAUUUGAAUGCAGUUGUGGUUUCCGUCCUUUCUUACACAACCUUCAACCUGUGCAAUGGGCUAGCAAAGUGAGGAUUAAAGGUCCAAAAGACAUAAUGGCUGUUGAAGAACUGAAUGGAGAAGUGCGAUUCUCCACACACCUUCCAUACCCCAACAAUCUCAGCAGGACACUGUUGGAGCCAAUGGAGGGACUGCUUCAGCUGAUGUUAAAGUGGGACUCUUUCCAGAGAGGAGGCCGAGUGAACGGUGACACCAAGAAACCUCAGUGCUUUGAAGAACUGGAGCAGAUACUGAGUAUGAAGGUUGUCCACAUCCUGAAUAUGACCACAGCUCAGGUUCACUCGUUCCAGUUGACUCCGGACGAGUCUCUCCACAGUCUGCAGAGGCGCAUUGAGGCUGAGACCAAGAUCGAAGUGGUGAACCAGGAGUUGCUGCAGGAGACCGGUGUGUCCCUGGACCCCAGGAAGCCUGCGGCACAGUGUGUCCUAGAUGGAGUGCGAGGGUGGGAUAGCUACAUCGUCUACCUGUUUGACAAGAGCAUCACCAAGUAUUCUGGUCCCUUCAGUGCGAGACAGCUACCUGACAAAGUCAAUACUAUCGUCCAAGAGGCCAAGACCCAGCUGCCCCUGGUAGCAUUGAAGAAGGUUUGGGGUGAAGCAGUGAGCUACAUCUGUGGUCUGAAGGAGGACUACAGCAGACUCUUCCAAGGACAAAGGGCUGCGAUGCUGAGCCUCCUGCGCUACAACACCAACCUGACCAGGUGUAAGAACAGCAUGUUUGGGUUCUCGCAGCAGCUGAAAGCCAAGUUGGACUUUUUCAAAAGCAGCAUCCAGUACGACCUGGAAAAAUACAGCGAUCAGAUGCACUAUGGCAUAUCCUCAGAAAAGAUGCUGAAAGCCUGGCAGGAGAAUGAGGAAAGGGCUGCGGCUUUCGCACAGGUGGCAGAGGUGAGCCACUUGGAUGAUGAGAUCAUGGCUCUUCACUCUGAGAUAGUGGAACUUCAGAGGAGUCCUUACGCCCGACGCCAAGGAGACAAGAUGGAGCAGUUGGAAGAUAAGGCCAUCGAUCUAUACAAGCAACUGAAGAUGAAGUGCAAAAUACCUGAGCCAGAUGUGAGCAGUGACAGCUCAGAGAUGGUGAAGGCCAUUAUUCAGACUGUCCAGAACCAAGACAAGGUCCUCAAAGAUCUAUACACCCACCUCAGUAAAAUCCUGAUCAGCAAACAAAAGAUCAUUGACUUGUUUCCACGAAUUGAGAAAACCCUGGAGAGUAUUAAAGAUGCAGACAACACCGUGAUGCAGAUGCAAAUAAAGAGGCAGAGGGAGUUCUGGCACUUACUGAAGAUCGCCUGUGCUCAAAACUCUUCACGGAGCUCGAUAGCAGCCAGUCCCGAGUCGUCCAACCUGCUGCAGGUUUCUCAGUGGUCACAGUCUGCUCAACCUGUCAGCUCCCCGCAUCCUUUAAUCUCCUUACCUGGACCGAAUGAUAGCGACGCUGCUCCUCGGCUGCUGCAGGAGAACCAGAAGUACCUCAGUCAGCUGACCAGCCUGAUGCAGGAGGCUGCUGACGAUCAGGCCAAGAGCAUAGCGGACCAAGACUGGAGCUGGACAAAGUACGAUACUUUAACGACAAAAUUAAAAAAGCGAAACGCGUAAGACCUGUUGCCGUCCUCCAUUCCAGCUUGUGCUCCGAGUAACACUAAGGACUGUAAGCUGUUGACACAGCGGACGUUGUAUAGUUGUACAUGGACUUGGCUAUUCUCUUAAAAAAUGGUUCUCUUGAUCUUCUUUUAAAAAAAACCCCAAGUGAGUUCAGACAUGCUCCGUGGUGUCUGUCCACUCCCAUCGACUCACAUGGUGGACGGUUCAAUCAGUUGUUGUUUUUUUUUCUAUGAGGAAACAAAUGAAGCUGUGUCUCUCUCUUUACUCCUUUUCCACACACUAUUCAUCAAAUCUCAUAAAAACUGAUACUCAUUUAUACUGUUGUUGCGAGAAACUGAGCAAAAAUGUAGCACCGGAUUUGAGGCUUUUGGGGUGGAUUCAUCACAUGAGGAGAAUGUUUGACAGAAACAUGGGAACUAGCUCAGCGUCAUGACAUACAAGGGAAAGGCAGGAAGUGGCGGGGGGCAGGAGGAGGAAGGGCGGACGAGCGGCCGUGGAGGAGGAGGAGGAGGAAAUUACAGUCAAGCAAACAGCACUUUGAUACUCCCGUGUGUCCUCUCAGCGAAGAGAUGAAACGUUCUAUGCUGCCGAAACAGUCAGAGAAAUUACAGUCGUGACGAGACACAAGCUGUCGCUUGUGAUCAAUUUCAUAUAAUUUUACUGUAAACAUUCUGGUAUUUAGAUUCUCUCUCUCUCUACACAUUAUUUUUGUUUCAAGUUCUUUUUAAAAUAAUGUUAUAUAUUAAUAUGUUUGAUGGAUGCGGCUGGCCAUUAUGUUUAUACAGUGUCUAUAGUGUACAUCUGUUUUGAAUUAUAGGGUUUUUUGGUGUGUCUCAUUUAUGCACACAUACUGUUUCACUGGAGAGUUAAUGCUGCGUUCAUGUCAUGUAGAGCGAAAACACUCGAUUUAUAGAGAUAGAAUUGGCAACUUGAACCAUUUUUCCAAUGAUAAAUAAAAGUGAAAGGCUCUGGUAAGUUUUUACUUUUAUUUAUUUGUUUGUUGAUUGCAGCACUCAGAGUUUUGGGAAAGUAGGGACUUUUCUGGUCUUUUUUUGUUUUUGGUUUUAUCAAUUAUUUAAGUAUGUAUUUGUUGGUUGAGCAAUACAAGCAUUGAUGGAUGGAAAAAGUGUUUUCCACUCAUCGUCAGCAGUGCGUCGAAGGUGUUUCUACAAUAAAUAUUCAUGUCCCAGAGUUUUUCUUCUCAUAAUUCUAAAAUAAUUCUCAGCCACCUGUGACAUAUUUUCCAACCUUGUUCAAUCCAUCCAUAAUUUAUAAAAAAAUGGAUAGAUAUUCAGUUUACAAUGAAAUAAAACAGACCGUUUUAACAGAAUGUUGUAGAAAAAACCUGAAAUAAUCGAUCAAUCAUGUUUAUCCAAUAUUUCUUUGUUGGACUUUUUGCUCUAUUAAUCUUCAAAGCAACUUAAUUGGCAAAUGUUUGGUAGUUCUGACUUUUAAAUAAGUAAAUCUUAUUCAUUUCUUUGGGUUUUGACUGUUGAUCAGAAAAAACAAUGUUUGUUGCAGUAGUACAAAUGAAUUGGGUGUGAAGCAAAUGACGCACUAAGCAAUCGCAAACAUGGGACUUCCUCUGUGACAUGAACCCCAUAUGCCGUCAACGCAGCAUUUUUCAUGGUGGAGUGUUUGGAGUUUGGUUUUCAUUUUU